AUGUCUCAUUCCUCUGCCACUGAGUCUCCCUGGCUCCUCGGGCAAGUCCUCGUCUCCCUCCCUCUCUGUCUCUCUGGGCUCGAGUGUCUCCAUCUCUACAGAUCGCUAUCGCUCGCGCUGAGUCACCCCAACAUCGCAACCAGACCUCCGUGCCCACGCGGAGCCGAGCUGGCGCGGGCCUCGAUUGGCGUUGCUGACAUGCAAAUGGGCCGCUUUGCAUGGGCCGCCUGCCAGCCUCCUUGGAUGUCAAGGAUCCUCGCCCGGGACGAGGAGUGUGAGGGGGUGCGGCCCCAGCAAUGUGCUCACCUGCCUCAAUGUGGCAACCGGCAGUGCGCAGCCAGAGGUGCUAGGAGCAGCUGGCGGCAGAGGCAGCUGGAGGGAGAAUUUUGGUGGCGGAGGAGAGAGAAGCUGGCAGCCCCACCGGGCACCACUUUUGGCGGAGGCUGGCCAGGCUGCGGUUACCUGUCGGCGAGCAGGAUGGUGAAUCUGGACAUGAUGCACGCAGAUAUCAAGAUGAGCGGCGAUGUGGCAGACUCCACAGAAGCACGCAGCAAUGGCACUCAUGCAGAACCUGGAAAUGAACGAAACUGCCUGGAUUUCAACAGACAGAUCAAGACAGAAGACCUCAGUGAUUCCUUGCAAAGCGCCAUUCCUUCCCGACCGAGCCAUCUCGUGCAAGGGCCCUCGAUGAUGCCCGGAGGCCAAAUCUCUGGGGAUAUGAGUUCUCUUCACACUUUGCAGCAGCUCGUGCAAGUCCCAGGCCACAUGCAAUCCGUCCCCCUGUUCCUGCUUUCUCAGGCCCCGACAGGGCAACAAGCUCUGCAGUCAAACCUUCUCUCCUUCCCUCAGCAGCAGAGCGGGCUCCUCCUCCCACAACACGGACACAGUUUAGCAUCUCAGGCGGUGGGACGUCCCGGGCACCCUGGCUCCUCGUUAGAGCCCCACCUGGAGGUCCCUCAGCAUUUACCAGUCGCCAAACACUUGCCAUCCUCAGCAGCAGCCGAUGAAGCCAACGACCUAGAAGAGCUAGAGAAGUUCGCCAAGACUUUCAAACAGAGGCGAAUCAAACUGGGUUUCACGCAGGGUGAUGUGGGCCUGGCCAUGGGCAAGCUGUACGGCAAUGACUUCAGCCAGACCACCAUUUCUCGCUUCGAGGCCCUCAACCUGAGCUUCAAGAACAUGUGCAAGUUAAAACCACUGCUGGAGAAAUGGCUGAGUGACGCAGAAUCUUCCCCUUUAGACUCUUCUGUGAGCACCCCCACUUCUUACCCAUCAGUGAGUGAAAUGUUCGGGCGCAAGAGAAAGAAACGCACCAGCAUCGAGACCAACAUUCGCUCCACGCUGGAGAAACGGUUCCAAGAUAACCCCAAGCCCAGCUCAGAGGAGAUCUCGAUGAUUGCCGAACAGCUGUCCAUGGAAAAGGAGGUGGUCCGGGUCUGGUUCUGCAACCGGCGCCAGAAAGAGAAGCGCAUCAGCUGCCCGAUGCCCUCCCCCAUCAAAUCACCCCUCUACAACUCCAGACUGAUUUCUACCUCAGGAUCUUUGGGUCCCCUCCCUGUCACGUCUGUCCACAGCACCAUGCACGGGGCAGUGACGUCUUCAUGUUCUCCUGGCAACUCCAGCCGGCCUUCAUCUCCUGGCACGGGACUGCACGCCAGCAGCCCCGGCAUGUCCCAGACUAACUCCAAAGCAGCCAUCAACUCGACCAGUUUCAACUCUUCUGGGUCGUGGUACCGAUGGAACCAACCCACCUACCUCCACUGAAGCCUCGCUGCCUACAGGUCAACCACAUCCACCUUUCUCUCCUC